UAUCAGCUGCUUUGUACCUGAUGUCUCGGGUUUUCAGCUUCGGUAAGCCUGCUCUGCCGUAAACGAGCUGUUCGUAAAGAAGCAUUUAUGGUGUAUUUUGCUGAUAACUUUAUCGCAGACACGAGGCUGUAACUUGCUUGGUAAAUAUUUUCGAGUUGCAGUUGCUUCCUUAAACACAAACGAGCAAGUACACUAUUUUAUGAUUUGGAUAAUGAGUUAGCUAGCGAUAUAUCUACUUGCACCGCUGUUUAUCUCGUGUCUAAAGCAGACGUGUUUGCGGGUUUAGUUCAUGUUGUAAGGUUGGCUUCAGGAUUGAUCAUUAUGCCCAUCCAGUGUAGCAGCUGUGCAAAAAACCGAGCGAUGCUCAGACGGCCGAAGACCGGCCAUUCGUUAUGUAAAUCCUGCUUCUUCUGGGCUUUUGAGGAAGAGAUUCACCAAACGAUCGUGUCGGCCAGGUUGUUUAAUCCUGGGGAGACGGUUGGGAUCGGAGCAUCAGGAGGAAAGGACUCCACUGUACUGGCUCAUGUUCUGAAAGUGCUGAAUGAGCGUUAUGAUUACGGCCUCAAGCUGCUGCUGCUCUCCGUGGACGAGGGCAUCACGGGAUACCGCGACGACUCUCUAGAAACGGUGAAGAGAAACCAACAGCAGUACGAUCUGCCUCUCACCAUUGUGUCCUAUGAAGAGCUCUAUGGCUGGACCAUGGACGCCAUUGUCAAACAAGUGGGCCUGAAGAACAACUGCACUUUUUGCGGCGUGUUUCGGAGGCAGGCUCUUGAUCGGGGAGCCAUGAUGUUGAACGUGGACAAGAUAUGUACAGGUCACAAUGCAGAUGAUGUGGCAGAGACGGUGCUGAUGAAUGUGCUGCGUGGUGAUAUUGCUCGUCUGCGUCGCUGCACAGCAAUCAGCACAGCCAGUGAUGGUGAAGGAGCAAUACCGCGCUGCAAACCGCUCAAAUAUGCCUAUGAAAAAGAAAUUGUCCUGUAUGCCUACUUCAAGAAGCUUGACUACUUCUCUACUGAGUGCGUAUACUCACCCAAUGCUUAUCGUGGACAUGCACGUACCUUCCUAAAAGACCUCGAAGCAGUCAGGCCUAGUGCUAUCAUGGACAUCAUCCACUCAGGUGAAAACCUCUCCAUAAAGGAAGGAGUGAAGAUGCCUGUGCAAGGAACAUGCUCACGCUGUGGUUACAUCUCCAGCCAGGCACUGUGCAAGUCCUGUGUGCUGCUGGUGGGCCUGAACCGAGGCCUGCCCAAACUCGGGAUAGGCAAACACCACCGGCUCCAUGACAAGAUCUUGGCCCAGCAGGCUUUAACACAACAGGAGGAGAAGAAGCUAAAGGCAAUGAACUUUUAAUUAGGUGUUUCUGCAUGUGGCAUAUAUAACAUAGGGGCAGGGGUGUGACCAAAUUCAUUAUUGUUUUUAGCUUUUGGUGUUGGAAUAAUUUGUUGUUGAACUUUCUUUGGUAUUAUACAAUAAACCAGACUAUUGCAUUUAACUACUUUGACUUGUGUGUUUAUAUCCUAAACACAUAUAUUGCCGAACACUUUAAUGUGAUGUACGUGUUUGCAUUUGCAAACCUGAGACUAAUUUGUUCAGUAAUGCCUGCAUGAAGUUGUGCUACACUCAUGCAUAUAUUUCGUUACAAAGUAUUAACAGUAAGGUCUCAAGGCCCCCAUCAUUAUCAAAGCAAUUGUAUUUAUUAUUAGUUUGUAUAGUCUAUUUGUCAGGUUACUUGAAUUGAAUGGGUUUAAUCCUAACCUCAAUAACUUGGGAAAUACAAAUCGGCCUAUAAAUAGUCAGUUUGGACCUAAUAUGUUGUGUAGGUGGAAAGUCCAGGAAUAAAUAAUAAUAAUAAAAACUGUAAUUUUUGAAUAAUUUUUGAAAAUUUGAAUAAUGAGCCUAAUAUUUUAAUAGAUGGGAUUAAGUUCAUUAAACUUUUGUACUAAGGGGGUUUUGUGGAAUUUAAUUUACAGGUUAAGGAGUCCCUAUGAGUCCCUAGCUGCAAAUAUUGACAGAACCUCUGCUUUAGAAAAGACAUAAUACUUGACCAGUACAUGAGCAAGAGGAGCUGACUGCACAAUAACGUCUUCAGUUAGUUUAUUCCUACCCGAGUCACCCUGUUAUGUGUUCACUUCUGAAUGAUUUUAAACAUGGUAGAUAUUAAGACCUCAUUUAAAGGUAGUGUUAUAAAUACAACCACUCAGGAAGUAAAUAAAUCUUUAUUGUGGUCACCACAGCAGCGAGUACAGCAUAAUAAUCUCAGUGAAGACGCACUGGCCUACACGAAAGUGGUAUUUUUAGCAGAGGAUAUGGAUUGUGUGUUAAUUUCGGUUGAUAUGUGUGUU